UAUUUUUCUUAAUCCAACAAUUGGUGUUCGUAGGGAGAGAAGAAAAAGGGAAAAAAAGGAAAGAAAAUAAAAGAGAGGAGUUGGUUGGGCUUUUGCUGUCUCUAUAAGAUCGAUCGCGUUUGUUCUAAUAGGAAGAAGAGAAAUAUAAGGGAUCCUCUCGCUCCUAACCAAACUGGUCUUUGUUUGCGGAGAGAAACAUCCAUCCAGGUGAAAGAUGGCUCUAACAAGGAUUGGCCUUGCUGGUCUUGCUGUGAUGGGUCAAAACUUAGCCUUGAACAUAGCUGAAAAAGGCUUCCCUAUUUCUGUAUACAACCGGACCACUUCAAAGGUAGAUGAGACUGUUGAACGUGCCAAACGUGAAGGAAACCUCCCAGUUUAUGGUUUCCAUGACCCUGCAUCAUUUGUCAACUCAAUACAGAAGCCCCGUGUCAUCAUCAUGCUUGUGAAAGCUGGUGCACCAGUUGAUCAAACCAUAGCAACACUCUCAUCUCACAUGGAGAAGGGCGACUGCAUAAUAGAUGGGGGCAAUGAAUGGUAUGAGAAUACAGAGAGGCGUGAAAAGGCCAUGGCGGAACUCGGUCUCCUUUAUCUCGGUAUGGGGGUUUCUGGUGGAGAGGAGGGCGCAAGGAAUGGCCCUUCUUUGAUGCCUGGAGGGUCAUACGAGGCGUACAAGUACAUAGAAGACAUCCUUCUCAAAGUAGCUGCCCAGGUUCCGGAUAGUGGCCCCUGUGUUACUUAUAUAGGCAAAGGAGGUUCAGGCAAUUUUGUCAAGAUGAUUCACAAUGGAAUCGAGUAUGGAGACAUGCAGCUUAUCGCCGAAGCUUAUGAUGUACUGAAAUCUGUAGGAAACCUGUCCAACCAGGAGUUGCAACAGGUUUUUUCAGAAUGGAACAAAGGAGAACUUCUUAGUUUCUUGAUUGAGAUCACCGCAGACAUUUUUGGAAUAAAAGAUGAUAAAGGUGAUGGGUAUCUAGUGGACAAGGUCUUAGACAAGACUGGGAUGAAAGGUACCGGCAAAUGGACCGUCCAACAAGCUGCUGAAUUAUCAGUGGCUGCUCCAACAAUUGCAUCUUCUCUGGAUUCCAGGUUCCUUAGUGGACUCAAGGAGGAGCGGGUCCGAGCUUCUAAAGUUUUUCAUUCUGGUGGUUUCAGUGACAUUUUGGGAGGGCAGCCUGUUGACAAGGCAAAGUUGAUCGAAGACGUGAGGCAAGCCCUUUAUGCCUCAAAGAUUUGCAGCUAUGCACAAGGCAUGAACCUGAUACGAGCAAAGAGCAUCGAAAAGGGGUGGGAUCUUAAGCUGGGUGAGCUUGCAAGGAUAUGGAAGGGUGGCUGCAUCAUCCGGGCCAUCUUCUUGGACCGUAUCAAGAAGGCUUAUGACAGGAACCCUGAGCUACCGAACCUCUUGGUCGACCCAGAGUUUGCAAAGGAGAUAAUGGAUCGCCAGGCUGCUUGGCGUCGUGUCAUCUGCCUCGCUAUCAACCACGGCAUAAGCACUCCAGGUAUGUCUGCCAGUCUGGCCUAUUUCGACACCUACAGGAGGGAAAGUGUUCCUGCUAAUCUAGUCCAAGCUCAAAGGGACUACUUCGGGGCUCAUACCUACGAGAGGGUCGACAUGCCCGGGUCCUUCCACACCGAAUGGUUCAAGAUCGCAAAGCAAUCCAAUAUCUGAAGUCAUGUGAGAGAGAGACACUCCCUGUGUUUUCAGUAUCAUCAUGGCUUUACUUUUGUCACUGGGAAACUUGGGUUGGGUAAACCCCGACCUUUUAGCAAUUGAAAUAACGUCCCGUGCCAGGACCUAGAAAACCAGCUAAGAUUGUUGGAUGUCUUCCAUUGCUUUUCUAUUGACAUUACAUUUAGAUCGAAGUUGUCUUGGAGAUCCAGGUCUUAUGUUUGCUUCUCUUUCUUACCUCUAGUGGAUGAACUUGGUGCUUUAAAUCGAAUGGGUGUUUCUGCUUUA